AUGAGUAGCCGUAAAAGCAGAUUAAGUUUAUCGAAAGACAUUCACAAGGAUGCGAAAACAUCAAAUGCCCGACGCACACCGCAACGUACUUCGGUGGGCAGAAAGAGUACAGAUUCUCAUACGAACGAGGAAAAUUCCCCCUCACAGAAUAGUGAAUACUCUCCCAUGAUACCAUUAACGCAGGAUAGCUCAAUUCACGCCAUAAACGGUGUGUCAUGGGAAUGGAACAGUCCGCAGCGCAUGCAGGGUCCGAACAGAGCAAAGAUUGCAGCUGCAAGAAUGCGUAGGCCUAAACCUGAACCACUGUACUGCGAGUCGCCUGAAUCGGCGCCAGCAAAACCCACAGGAUUCAACAAAUUCAUCUCCAAAUUGAAUCUUCUAAUGGAAAAGGAAAAUAUGGAUGAAAAUUUAGAUGUUCCAGAGCCUCUGCAUGAGCCGCUAGGAGAAUCGUGUUUCGAGGAUGAAUUUUCCAUUGAACAUAAUCCACGGAAAUGCGAAGAAACUGUCAGAAGUCCAGACAAUACCAGCAACGAUGAUAUCUUUGAUGAAGCUUUUCAAGUUAUUCCAAACAACGAAUCGCGCAUUUCGAUUGGUGCCGAGUUGGAUGAUUCUAAGCUGGAUGUGUUGUUAGUCGAGGCAAGCCAAACGAUUGAACAGGAGCUAAAUAAAUGUGCCCCCGUAACUUCCGUUCCUGUCCCGAAAAAUCCCGUGCCAUGUUUCAGCAUUCCUGUUGAGAUGAAUGAUUCGGAUAUGGACGGGUUUUUAGUUCAGGCGUCGUUGAUGGUCGAGGAGAAGUUGAGCGACAGUUCACAGGAAUCUUCAACAAACAGCAAUGCGCUAAAGAAACUCAACGAACGUGAUACCAUCAAUCUGAAGGAAAAGCGAAUAUUUCCAACCGUUUGCCAUGAAAAGGACACCGUAAAUUCGACUUCGCUUAACGAUGGCACUAGGCAGCAAUGUUCGAUGUCCCAAGAUGAGUUGAAAGCGUUGAUAGAAAAGAAAAGGCAGGAAGCGUUGCGGCGAUUGGAGAAUAAUCGCCUGCGAAGGAUCGUAAAAGGCACGAACUCUCAUGGAUAG